AAAAUCUGACCCCAACAACAAAAAUCGAUUUUUUUGCACCAAGAAAUCGAUGUUUGCAAAAAUUUCAAAAAUAUCGCGAUAGUGCCAUGGAUGUUUCUCCACCUCUAAACAAAUUCCAGUAAAUCGUAAUCAAAUCGUUGAAAAAAGAUGUUUGGUUGGCCGCUGCUGAUGAAACGGCGUUGAAGUGAAAUUCUGUUCAUAUUCUAACGACAGGCAAGAGGCAACAGUAGCAACUUGAUCCAGAGCAUCUGGAAUUCUAUUAAAGUAUAUUGCAAAUUGCAAAAUGGCCAUGUCCAAGGUGAUACGUGUGCUGGAGAAAUCCAUAGCACCAUCGCCGCACAGCGUUUUGCUCGAGCAUCGCAACAAGACGGACUGCAUCCUCUUUGAAUCUCAUGUCUGUGCACUGCUGACUCAACAGGAAAACGUCAUACGCAAGCAGUACACUAAGGUCUGCGAUGCAUAUGGCUGCUUGGGUGCACUCCAGCUCAAUGCCGGAGAAAGCACUGUGCUCUUCCUGGUGCUCGUUACUGGCUGCGUUUCGAUGGGUAAAAUUGGCGAUGUGGAAAUCUUUCGGAUCACCCAAACGACGUUCGUCUCACUGCAGAACGCGGUGCCCAACGAGGAUAAGAUUAGCGAAGUGCGCAAACUGCUCAACUCCGGUACUUUCUAUUUUGCCCACACGAAUCCCUCGGCUGCCGGAGCUGGAGCAGCUGCCUCGUCCCAGAACACCAAGUUCGAUAUAACAUUGUGUGCACAGCGUCGCUAUCAAACUGGAGAGACGGACAAUCGCUUCUUCUGGAACCGAAUGAUGCACAUACACUUGAUGCGCUUCGGCAUCGAUUGCCAGUCGUGGUUGCUCCAAACCAUGUGCGGUUCCGUUGAGGUGCGCACCGUCUACAUUGGCGCCAAGCAGGCCAGGGCUGCAAUUAUCUCGCGUCUGAGCUGCGAACGCGCUGGCACGCGUUUCAAUGUGCGGGGCACCAACGACGAGGGUUAUGUGGCCAACUUUGUGGAGACAGAGCAGGUGAUCUAUGUGGACGGCGAUGUGACCAGCUAUGUGCAAACUCGCGGCUCGGUGCCGCUCUUCUGGGAACAGCCGGGAGUCCAGGUCGGUUCGCACAAGGUGAAACUAUCGCGUGGCUUCGAGACGUCGGCUGCAGCCUUCGAUCGGCACAUGAGCAUGAUGCGACAACGCUAUGGCUACCAGACCAUUGUCAAUUUGCUGGGCAGUUCGCUGAUUGGCAGCAAGGAGGGCGAGGCGAUGCUGAGCAACGAGUUCCAGCGGCAUCACGGCAUGUCCGCCCACAAGGAUGUGCCGCAUGUGGUCUUUGACUAUCAUCAGGAGUGCCGGGGCGGCAACUUCUCAGCGCUGGCCAAGCUCAAGGAGCGCAUGGUCGCUUGCGGUGCACACUAUGGAAUCUUUCAUGCCAUCAACGGUCAGGUGCUUCGCGAGCAGUUUGGCGUUGUGCGGACCAAUUGCUUGGAUUGCUUAGAUCGCACCAAUUGUGUGCAGACCUAUCUGGGUCUGGACACGCUUAAUUUGCAGUUGGAGGCACUAAAGUUGGGUGGCAAGCAACAGAAUGUGUCGCGCUUCGAGGAAAUCUUUCGCCAAAUGUGGAUCAACAAUGGCAACGAGGUGAGCAAAAUCUAUGCCGGUACUGGGGCCAUUCAAGGUGGCUCCAAGCUGAUGGACGGUGCUCGAUCCGCAGCGCGCACCAUACAAAACAAUCUCCUAGACAACUCGAAGCAGGAAGCCAUCGAUGUGCUGUUGGUGGGCUCCACGCUCAGCUCGGAGCUGGCGGAUCGGGCACGCAUCCUGCUGCCCUCGAACAUGUUGCAUGCCCCAACCACAACGCUGCGAGAGCUUUGCAAACGCUACACGGAGUAUGUGCGUCCGCGCAUGGCACGAGUUGCCGUCGGCACUUACAAUGUGAAUGGCGGCAAGCAUUUCCGCAGCAUUGUGUUCAAGGAUUCUCUGGCCGAUUGGCUGCUUGAUUGUCAUGCUCUGGCACGUUCCAAGGCGCUGGUGGAUGUGAACAAUCCAUCGGAGCAUGCCGAACAUCCGGUGGACAUUUACGCCAUUGGCUUUGAAGAGAUUGUCGAUCUGAAUGCCUCGAAUAUCAUGGCUGCCAGCACCGACAAUGCCAAGCAGUGGGCCGAGGAGCUGCAGAAGACCAUAUCGCGGGACAAUGACUAUGUGCUGCUCACCUAUCAGCAACUGGUGGGCGUCUGUCUCUACAUCUACAUACGGCCGGAGCAUGCGCCCCACAUACGCGACGUUGCCAUUGACUGUGUGAAGACUGGACUGGGAGGUGCAACUGGCAAUAAGGGAGCUUGUGCUAUACGCUUUGUGCUGCAUGGAAGCUCCAUGUGCUUUGUCUGCGCUCACUUUGCGGCCGGUCAGUCUCAGGUGGCGGAGCGCAAUGCUGACUAUGCGGAAAUCACCCGGAAAUUGGCCUUUCCCAUGGGGCGCACUUUGAAGUCACAUGAUUGGGUUUUCUGGUGCGGUGACUUCAACUAUCGCAUUGACAUGGACAAGGAUGAGCUAAAGGAAUGCGUACGUAAUGGUGAAUUGUCGACGGUGCUGGAGUUUGAUCAGUUGCGCAAGGAGCAGGAAGCGGGCAAUGUCUUCUCUGAGUUUCUCGAGGGUGAAAUUUCCUUUGAUCCCACUUACAAAUACGAUUUGUUUAGCGAUGACUACGACACGUCGGAGAAGCAACGUGCUCCCGCCUGGACAGAUCGUGUGCUCUGGCGACGUCGCAAGGCUCUGGCCGAGAGUGACUUCGGUGGCGCCGCAGCAGCUGCCUGGAAUCCUGGGAAACUCAUCCAUUACGGCCGCUCCGAGCUAAAGCAGAGCGAUCAUCGUCCAGUUAUUGCCAUCAUUGAUGCCGAGAUAAUGGAGAUUGAUCAACAACGUAGACGUGCAGUCUUCGAUCAGGUUAUACGCGAUCUUGGACCACCUGAUUCCACCAUUGUUGUACAUGUGCACGAGGCCUCGGCCGAUGCCGAUGCUGAUGACGAUGGCCCUACCAUCUAUGAUGAGCAUGUGAUGUCCGCGCUGAUUGCCGAGCUCUCCAAAAUGGGCGAGGUGACACUGGUGCGCUAUGUGGAGGACACCAUGUGGGUGACGUUCCGCAAUGGUGAGUCUGCUCUCAAUGCUGCCGCCAAACGGAGCACUCAGGUCUGUGGCUUGGAGCUGGUCUUUGAGCUAAAGACACCCGAGUGGCCGCAGCAGGUGGACGGUGAGAUUGAACUGUGCACCUCCAAUACGAUUCCGCUGUGCGCUAAUCCUGCAGAGCAGGCCCAGUUGCUUCAGUUGACUCCUGAGGUGCCGCAACGACCCAAACAGCCACCGACAAGACCGGCCCCAGCACGUCCGCCCAUGCCCAUGUCGCCAAAGAAUUCGCCACGUCACUUGCCGCACGCUGGUGUCAUCAGCAUUGUGCCCAAGCCGGCCAAGCCACCGAUGCCACCACAGCCCAUGAUGCAGGCACCACUGCAGCCGGUUCAGGUGGCGCCACCGCGUCCGCCUGCCAUGGGCGAUACGACGCCCUCAUCCAAAUCGCAAUCGCCGACAGAGUUAGGCUCUCCCUUGCACGCCACAUCGCUCAGCUCGUCGAGUUCAUCGUCUGGCAAGGCUUCACCCACGGGCACUGUGCCCUCGGGACCGCCCACACCGCCACGUCAAAUGCAAAGCAAACAGGCGACGCCAAUCUCAACGCCCACGCGUCAAUCCAAACAGCCAUCGCUGGAGCAGGCAUCGCCUUCAGACACCGCCUAUGAGACGGCCAGCAAUAUCUACGAGGAGAUUCAAGACGAUGUGCCGGCACCGCGUCAUCCACCACCAGCUGCGCCACCUCCAGUCAUUGCUCCCAUCGACAGUCCACGUCGUCAGCCACCAUUACCCUCAGCAGGAGCAGCGCCUGCGGUUCCACCAUUGGGUCCGCCGCCACCGCUGCCAAAUCGCCGGGGACCUCCUCCAAUCCCAAACCGUAGUGGCAAUGCACCGCCACUGCCAACGCGGCCCACAAACAACUAAGCGGGACAUGCCAGAAGGCACGCUGUCGAAACACCUGGUACAAAUGGCAGUAGAGUCGACCCAAUUACAUUCCGAAUUGUUGUAUUCAUCGUUGGAAAUCACAAAUUAAAUAUAAACGUAUAUAUGUUAUAUUUUGUUGUCAAUUGCCAAUUGUAUAAUAGAAUAUUAUUAAUAUGCAUACUAAAAGUGUUUCCAGGCAAUAAUUGAAAUUGUAUAACAAAACACGCUUUAGAUUUGAAUGAGAAUCUGCUGUUGUACACACAGCCACAUACACAUAUACCUGUAUAACAGCUGAGAAUAUGAUUACUUAACCAACACUGGCCAGACGUACUCACUAAUGCACCAAAUAAACUAAGAAGUAUUUACGUAUUUAUGUUAUGUUAACCAUAGCGAGCAAACUGAACAAAAUGAUCAACGGAGAAAGUAUUAAAAAUAUAUAUGUAAAUGUAUGUUUAAAGUUUAAAAAAUUAUAGCCGUACUAGUCAAAUUAUAAAAUAAAUCAAGGUGUUACAAACGAAAAGUAUUUGAAGAAUACGAUAACAACAACUAAAUAAAAACAAAUACUAUUGUAGUUAACAGUUGAACCAUGACCAUGCUCGCAAUACUAAAAUUAUCCUCUUUAAACAUUAUACUGUACUGUAAUAUCGUUUGUUAUCGAACAGAAAGGAAGAGGAUGAAAUUUCCCUCCAGAGGCGUUAAGUUGAAUUAGAAUUUAGUUGGAUUGAAAAUUAAACUACGUAAUCAAUAUCAAAGAAAAUACAAAUUGAAAAAACCAUAUAUUUAAAUGUUGAAAUUGUAAAAUAUGUUUAAUCACCCAAUCAAUCGGUUACUCGAACAAUAAAUAUGCCUAUUACUCGAAUAAUAUAAACAUA